AUGUCUAAACGCUCCAGAAGCCACUCGAGAUCCCCUUCUCUCGAUGGGACAGGCUCAAUAUCUUCAACUACUGUGAAUAUAGCGACGCCACCUCCAGAACGCAACAAGUUGCUUGACAGUGGCCCCAAUAUUCUCCCAGAAGUGAUGCAUUGCUCCUUACCGCCUCACCGCGAGACGCUCUCGUUUGCAUCCUACGAGGACUACGAGGUUCAUUACCUGCAAGCACAUGUGAAUCGCUGCUCUGAGUGCAGUAAGAACUUCCCAACUGGCCACUUGCUCAAUCUGCAUAUCGAAGAGAACCAUGACCCAUUGGCUGCUGCCAUGCGAGCCCGUGGAGAUAAGACGUUUGGAUGCUUUGUCGAGAAUUGUGAGCGGAAAUGCUCAACCCCUCAGAAAAGACGUAUGCAUUUAAUCGACAAGCACAUGUUUCCUCGGUCCUAUAACUUCUUUAUUGUCAAUGACGGUAUCGAUAAGCACACCUCCAUGUUGCGGCCUAUGAACAGCCACAGACGGCGCAUCUCAACCUCGUCGGCUUUGGAGGGUAGAUUGCGGCGUCGGAGCUCUGCUUCGCAGUCGAAUCCAUCGGCAGCUGCAGUCCUUGAACCGAAACCGUCUGCUGAUAUGGAGAUUGACGAACUGGAAAAGUCCAUGUCGGCUCUGCGGUUCGUGCCUACAAGCGUGGCGAGAAACCGAACCAAGAUGCCUGGAAAAUAG